AUGGACCAUCUUUCUACUUCAAAACAUAAAUAUUGACUACAAUAUGUUUAUUUUUGUAAUACACGUAAAUAAAAAUAGCCCUUCAACUCUUUGUUUAUCAAUAUUUUCCUCCUUUUCUUUUUCUAUUUCUCUUUUUCUUAUUAAAUAAUCUGACAGCAAUUCAAGAAUGGGAGAUAUGAACAAUAUACAUUUAUUAUCGGAUGAGCAUCGUCAUUACUAUUACUAUGGUUAUGAUCAUUUGUCUCAACCUAUGACUGAACAACAUCAUCAUUUUCAACCAACACUGAAUACUACGAUAUCAUCACCUAUUGAGCCAAAUAUUAAUCAAUUUCAAACAGGGGAAGAAAGAGCAGUGAAGCCAAGAACAUCUUCAUCCGCUUCUUUACCCUCACACAACAUGAGAUGGACUCCAGAAGAGGACGCGCUCUUGCUGGAUGCUAUUAGACUCUAUGGUUAUGGAAGUUGGAAAGCUAUAGCUGAUCAUGUCAAGACCCGGAACGCUCUACAAUGUAAAAAUCACGCUCGUCAAAGAGCAGAGUUUAAACCAAAGUAUGAACCUAUAGUAUCCAUGACGAUGGCUGAAAACCUGUUACCUUCUUUUUCACAGGUAUCGCAUAUGGCCGCCUAUCCAGUACCCAAUGAAACGAUGCGGUUACCGCCUGCGUCAAGCAUGGUGCCACAAAUCUCUAUUUCCCAAAAUAUUCAUCCGAAUGCAAAUUUUUUUAUAUCACAACCUUCCACCAUGAGUCAUACGGCUACUGCUGCUGUUCCCCUUUCACCUUCUGUUCCAUCAACAGAGACCACUCAAGUAGAACAAGUCGAAAACGUAAAUACUAUCUCUGAAACUGUACUUGAUGAAAAUGACAUUACAGAACACGAGAAGAAAGGAAAUGCUGAGUGGUUUAUGGGAAAGCAAGCCAAGACACCAGAAAGAUACAAGAGAAUAAGAAAUCACAUAUUAAAAUGCUGGAGAGAGACGCGUCCAAACUAUUUGACCAAGACAGCUGGUCGUAAAAAUUUACCCGACUGUGGUGAUGUGAACGCUGUUGGCAGAAUACAUAGUUACCUCGAAAGCAUUCACGCUAUCAACGUAAACUGCGUUGUUUCUCCUACUACAAGAAAAAGACCUGGUCGUAAAAGUGGCAGCAGCGAAGAUGGUGCAAAUAAAAAGAAAAGACGACCUGGAUACUAUUGGGAGGAAGUGUAUGGUGACGACGACGACGACGAUGAUAAGGAUCAUAAAGAAAAAGUAGAAUACACUGUCACCAAAGAUGGUAAAAAGAGACCUAAAAGAAAUGCAAGAAGGCGUGAUGGUUUCUAUGGGGACAAUGGCCGUAUAGGAGGCGAUAAUGAUCCAUUUACGUUAAUUCCUCUGGGUUACUACACCCAACAAAAGGACGCUCCUUUUACUGUAGAAAUCGGUAGUGAUGCCCUUCUCGUUAUGGAGUUUCAUGCUCAUUUAGCUUUCACCGAAAUCAUUGGCUUACUUGGUGGAAGAUUCUUGAAGGAUCCAGAUGGUGGCCAGAAUAAGCUAAAGGUUGAGUAUGUAUUCCCUUGUCGCAGCACAAGUACUGGCAUCCAGUGUGAAAUGGACCCUGUAUCGGAAAUGGCUGCUAGAGAGUUAUUUGAGCAAAAAGGUCUUGAUGUCGUCGGAUGGUAUCACUCGCAUCCUACCUUUGAGCCGCAGCCAAGUAUUCGAGACAUUGAGAAUCAAACUUCAUAUCAAGAUCUAUUUCGCAAUGAAGCUUCUGGUGAUGAACCAUUUAUUGGGUUCAUCAUUUCUCCUUAUAAUCAAGAGUAUGCAACCGAUCGAUCACAAAUACAAUGUCUUCAUAUCAGUAAAAGAUGGAGUACAACCAAUCAGUACCGUAGGUCUUCCUUAUGCUUGCAUACAACAAGUUGAACAAAAGCCACAAGUAUCUCAAGAUGUCUUGAAUACAUUUAAUAACCUGUUGCAAGAAUAUAAGGAUUAUGAAAGUAAGAUUGACAUGACAAUGACAUUUGCUCAAAAGCCUCGAUUGGACAAGCUCUUGUCUUCACUAAG